CCACCAGAGGAACAGAGCUCUCCUGUGGCUGGAGUUUUCAGGAGAAUUGUAGCUAGCAACAUGACGUCGGCGGCAGGUGAUGGUGUGAGCAGGAAGACGGCGUGCGUCACCGGAGGCAGCGGCUACAUCGCGUCGGCGCUCGUGAAGAUGCUGCUGGAGAAGGGGUACGCCGUAAAGACGACGGUCAGGAACCCCGAUGACAAGGAGAAGAACGCGCAUCUCGAGGCCUUGAAAGCGCUCGGCCCCUUGGAGGUGUUCCGCGCCGACCUGGACAAUGAGGGCAGCUUCGACGACGCUGUCGCCGGCUGCGACUACGCCUUCCUCGUCGCCGCUCCGGUGGCCCUCAUGCCAGAGAACCCCGAGGAAGAGGUGAUCCAGCCGGCCAUCCAAGGUACCCUCAACGUGAUGAGGUCGUGCGUGAAAGCAGGGACGGUGAAGCGCGUGAUCCUGACGUCGUCGACGGCCGCGGUCUCGAGCCGGCCACUGGAAGGCGAUGGCCAUGUCCUAGAUGAGGAGUCCUGGUCCGACGUGGAAUACCUCAGAGAGAAGAAGAUCGGGACGUGGGCGUACCCUGCCUCUAAGGUGCUCGCGGAGAAGGCGGCAGUGGCGUUCGCGGAGGAGAACAACAUCAGCCUUGUCACCUUGUGCCCCGUUGUCGUGGUAGGCGGUGCCCCGGCGACGAAGGUGAAGACCAGCGUCCCCGAGUUGCUCUCCCUGCUAUCCGGCGACGACGACAUGGUGGACAAGCUGGAGCUCAUCGAGGCGGCCUCCGGCUCGAUCCCGCUGGUCCACAUCGACGACGUCUGCGGCGCCGAGAUCUUCGUCGCCGAGGCGGAGGCGCCGGCGGGGCGGUACAUCGUGUGCACCCUCAACACCACCGCCAUUGAGCUCGCCAAUUUCCUCCAUGCCAAGUACCCGCAGUACGAGCUUAACAUCGAUCACAUUGGUGCUCUCCCGGCGAAGCCCAGAGUCUCCAUCUGGUCGGACAAGCUCGUCAAGGAAGGGUUCCAGUACAAGUACAAUAACCUGGACCAGGUAUACGACGACAUCGUCCCGUACGGCAGGACCUUGGGAAUCCUUCCCUACUGAUACUAUGGUCCUCUCGAUCUUGGGAUCUCAGAACCAAAGGAUGCGCCUGCAAAUCAAAACUAGCCGCUUACAACUUGCAAGUAUUAUGAAGUGUGGGUGUUCAGUUCAGUGUUUGACUAUGUGAAAGUAAGGUCUUGUUAUUUUGAAUGUGAUUGAGAAAUGUUUGCAAGUCAUAGUUGAGAGCCGUGUAAUUUUUCUUUUUGACCUGACCGUGUAAUUUAAUAUAUAUCAAAAUUUGCGCGUUCAUCAACCACC